AUAAAUGUAAUGGUCCAAUAGAUAUACGCGAAAAGUGAUGAGGUCAGUGACAAUUUGUGCAACUGUAGUGUAAUUGGAUCGUGUCCACCAUAGAAAGAUAAACAAUAGUAUAUAGAAACCUAUGCCAUCUACACCAGCUGAGCCAAUAUAGAUUAUUCAACAAAAUCAUUUCCACUGCAGUCAUUAUCUAUCUGACCAUUUGAAUUUGCUAUUUAAAUCUAAUAAAUCUGACAAUUGAAUGUGCGAGGCAAAAAUCAAUCAGUGUGAGUGUGAGAAGCACGACUGACAGUUUGAUUAACCUGAAUUAUCGAAAUACGAUGGGAAAGACAAUGUAUAUCUCAGUCACCGAGAAACAGCAAGUAUUGAUGCUAUUUUUGCUCGAGAUCAUCCUAAUCGCGCUAAUAGGGACAUUUAUGUCGUAUGGUCCAGAUGCAAACGCUAAUCUGCUAAAAAAUCGUACCGGCACCGCCGACAAAUCUGGACAAAUAAAAAAACCACAAAACGAUCCGUUACGAAUUUAUCCGAUGUACCAAGAUGUCCAUGUGAUGAUUUGGAUUGGUUUUGGCUUCCUGAUGACGUUCCUCAAGAAGUACAGCCAGAGCGCUGUUGGUCUGACUUUCCUUGUAGGUGCAAUUCUCGUCCAGGUGGCUUUAAUCUGCGAUGGCGUAAUAAAUAUGCAGUUAGGCCAUAAGGCUUACCUCUCAUUAGAGAGUCUGCUUAGUGCAGACGUUGCUGUGGCUACGCCGCUUAUCUCCAUGGGAGCAGUUUUAGGCAAAGUGACUUAUAUGCAACUGGUGUUCAUGGGAAUAGUGGAGUUGAUUAUGUUUACCAUUAAUAAGUAUGUAGGCGAAGAAUUGUUUAUGGCUGUUGACGCUGGUGACAGUAUGUUUGUUCAUGUGUUUGGCGCAUAUUUUGGAUUGGCAGUUAGCUUCGUAUUCGGAUUGAAGGAAAAACCAAAGGAACAUGAUUUGGAAGGAUCGAAUUAUCAAUCAGACAUUUUUGCCAUGAUCGGUACUGUGUUCUUAUGGCUAUUUUGGCCGUCAUUCAAUAGCGCUGCAUUGACAGGAGAUGAUCAACAGAGAGCUAUAAUCAACACUCUGUUAUCAAUAUCUGCGAGUUGCGUGAUCACGUUUGCUGUAUCGGCAUUGGUUUCUAAGGACAACAAAUUUAAUAUGGUACACGUACAAAACUCGACUCUAGCUGGAGGCGUUGCUAUUGGCACAGCUGCAGGUAUGAUGUGUCAACCAGUAGGUGCUUUGAUCAUCGGUGCCAUAUCCGGUGUAAUUAGUGUGCUGGGAUACAAAUACCUUACGCCAUUUAUGCAGAAACAUCUUCGUAUCCAUGACACUUGCGGAGUACAUAAUUUACACGGAAUGCCUGGCGUGAUAGCUGCAUUUUUUGGAGCACUUAUGGCAUGCUUAGCUACGGAAGCCACUUACGAUUAUUCCCUAUACGAAAUUUUUCCUGCGCGAGCACCGAGCUCAGAGCUAAAAAUUAGUGAGAUGCGCGACAAUUAUGGAAUAUCAACAGGAUACAAUAGAACGGCGUAUCAGCAAGCGGGAUAUCAAUUACUGGCGCUAGUGGUUACCCUUGGGAUCUCUAUUGUUUCUGGAUUAAUAACAGGUUUAUUUCUAUGUAUGAUGAUGUGCGGAUGGGUCACUGAGCAGCAGAAAUUUGAUGAUGGGGUUGUCUGGGACUUGGAAGAGGAAUUCCAGCACGAAUUCGGAAAAAAUCGAAAUGAUAACAAUCGCCCUAAUGAUCAUAUAGUUAUGGGCAAUAUUUAACAUGUUGAUAUAAUACACAGUAUAAAAUGUAAAGUACGCUCUCACAAUGUUAUUUAAGCUUGCAUGUAAACAUUAGUAUUAAGUACCAUAUUUCAAUAUUUGUGUAAUUAAUUCUUACUUAAUAAUUAGUUCCUGUUUGCACCUUUAGAAGCCACAAAUGAUUACAAAAAACCGAUUACUUUACGAUACAGAUUUUUACAAUUUGCCAAGUACUAAAAGCAAUUAAUAUCGAC